AUGGAAGAUAAUGGCAAAGCUAGGACUGCAGUUGGCAGCAAAGAUGAAGUCAUCCUGCACUCAAAUGAUACAUACACUUUUCUGCACAACUGGUUGAAGAAGUUCCCAUCUUAUGCAAACCGAACCUUUUACAUAGCAGGACAGACACGUAUCUUUCAGCUCUGGAGUCUUUUGUAUGUUCCAGAGUUGGCUGAGCUCAUCUAUGACAUGAACAAGAAAUACCCUUCAUUGUUCAUAAACCUCAAGGGUUUCUUGGUGGGUAAUCCUGAAACCUCUGAUAGCCACGACUGGCAAGGCAUGGUGGAUUACACAUGGAGCCAUGCCAUCGUCUCACAUGCAACACAUGACAUGAUCAAAGAUAACUGCAUAUUUGACAGUGACAACCCAUGGAACAAUAAAUGUAAUGAUGCUGUCGGUGAAGUCCUCAAACAAUAUCUACAGUCUAUGCACUCCAACCUGCAUCCAGAACUCAUGCCGAGGAUCAUGGGUGGCUACGAUCCAUGCCUUGAUGGUUACACAACAUCUUUCUACAACAGACCGUAUGUUCAAAAGGCCCUCCAUGCCAGUGAUGGCCACAGCAUCAGGAACUGGAGCAUCUGCAACAAUCAAAUUUUUAGGGAAUGGAAGGACUUCAUGCCCUCUGUUCUCCCCAUAUACAAGAAGCUGAUUGCAGGAGGGCUCAGAAUAUGGGUCUAUAAUGGUGAUACAGAUGGAAGAGUCCCAGUGCUGUCUACAAGAUACUGUUUGGGCGCUCUAGGAUUGCCCACAGUUGGUCCCUGGAGGCCAUGGUACCAUGAGAAACAGGGGGCUGGAUGGUUACAAGAACACGAGGAGCUAACUUUUGCAACAUUUAGAGGAGCUGGUCAUGAUGUGCCAUCAUUCAAACCAAGCAGUUCUUUGGCUUUCUUCACUGCCUUUCUUGCUGGUGUAGCUCCAUCGUCUACCCAUCGAAUAAAACUUCUCUGAAGGUUUAAAAUCAAUGGUUUUAUUGCAAGCUACUCAGCUCAAGAAUGUCAUUAGAUAGUGAGUAAACUUAACAUCAAAGAGAAGAAUGCAGUGAAUAAACUGGAAUUUUUUUAGAAAAGAUAUCUAUAGAAUUAUUGAUCUAAUCCGAAGUCAUUAUCUUAGUGAACAAAUUGUUUUAACUAAUAGUUUUUGGGUCAAGAAAUGUCAGGAGACAAUUGAGAUAAUGUUAGGAGACAAUUGUUGAUCUAAUCCGAAGUCAUUAUCUUAGUCACACCUCUGAUCUUAGAUAAUAUGCAACAAUUGAGAUAAUAAUUUUAAGUCAUGAACAUUCUUGCAUACUUCCACUUUAUCUUCAUUUACUUCUCCAUUUUAUCUUAAACCGUUUUUGUCGGAGGAGAAUAUACUCAAUAUAUGUGGAAAUAACUAAACUUCCAAAUAACUGUAUUCCAGAUGGUUGUUUUUCUGAACUUAACUGUACACUAGGAAAUUUAAUUUCAGCAAAUCGUAGUGUACAGGUAUUUUGAAUGUUUGAUUAGAGGGACAUUUAGUGCUAUAUUGGCCCC